UUGUUGUUCCAUUAACAGAUCUCUGCCUCUCUGCUGCUGCUGCUGCUGCUGCUGCUGUCACCUGUGUUUGAGGAGGUGUAGCUACAUAAUGUGGCUUCCCGUGUUCACACAACCUAUUUUUAGCCCCUUUAUCGUCAAACAAACAGAAAGCUAAACUACAGUCAGAGGUGUAGACAGAGCAGGAGGCUUGCUGCUUUCAUUUCAUUGUGAGCGAGAAAGAGGCGAGGAAGUGAUUUGGAGAAGGGGAGCAGUUCUACAUGUGUGUGUGAGUGCGUGAAACGUCCAGGAGCUGAGGGUUGCUCUUAUCGUUUUUUCGUCAAUUCUGAUGGAGUUUUCUGAGCACAUCAAGACAGCCAACGUGGAGAACGUGGUGCUGCGGCAGCCCCUGCACCCGCCGAGCAGAGGCACCCUGUGUGUCACCGGCCACCACCUGCUCUUCUCGGAGAGAGAGGAGGGGAGCGCUCGUCAGGUUCUGCUGCUCCUCAGAAACAUAGAUGCCACUGAGAAAAGUGUGGAAAACCUCUGGGGCUAUUCCGGCCCCUUCUCAGGCCGCAGUGAAAGGUUGGACAACAUUUGUGUUGCCGCUCCUCCAGUUUCUUUUUUUAUUCUCUGUGCUGCUUUCAGUGCUGCAGAAGGAAAUUUGCCAACAAGAUUGCAGCAACUCUCUCUCCUGCCUCUCACAGACACACACACACACACACACACACACACACACACACACUCAUGUGAGUUGCUUGCUAUUAUCAGUCUGUUGCUGCGUGGCCUCGUCAAAGCUGACAUGUUGCCGAAACGGCUUGAUAUUUUGCUGCAAGUCCAACUUUCUGGACAUAUGCUUCUAUUUUCACUGUAUUCUGAGAUUCAUAAUGGUGUGUGUGUGUGUGUGUGUAGGAUAUCUGGAUCCUCGGGGACAUUAACCCUCAAGUGUAAAGAUUUGCGAGUGCUGCAGCUCGACAUCCCAGGCAUGGAGCAGUGUCUCAACAUCGCACACUCUAUUGAGACCCUGUCGUGUCUGGAUCGCGUGUCGGAGACGUAUCCGUUCUUUUACAGACCCCCUGAUCUCAGCCUGCAGGAACCCUGGGGUCUCUCAUCCCCUGAGAAGUAUUUCAAUCACACGAAGGAGCUCCAUGGCAGCUGGAGACUGAGCAGUGUAAACAGAGAAUACUCAGUGUGUCCCAGCUACACCACAGCUGUCAUCGUUCCUAAGGAUGUGAACGAUGACAUGCUGGUAAAAGUGGCCAAGUUCAGACAGGGAGGACGCUUCCCGGUGCUGUGCUACUACCACCAAAAGAACGGAGUGGUCAUCAUGCGCAGCAGUCAGCCACUGACAGGAGCCAACAGGAAGCGCUGCAGAGAAGAUGAGCUCCUCCUCCAGGCUGUGAUCGACACCUCAGACAAAGGUUACAUUAUCGACACGCGCUCGAGUCAGCAGGCUCAGCAGGCCCGCAUGACAGGCGGAGGCUUUGAGUCCAAGUCGUGCUACAAUAACUGGAAGCGACUGCACAGACAGAUGGAAAGAGGUAAAGCCCUGCAGGAGAGUCUGAUUAAGCUGGUCGAGGCCUGUGGCGAUGAAUCCCAUAAUAUGGACCGUUGGCUCAGUAAGCUGGAGAAUUCAAAGUGGCUGUCGCACGUCCAAACCGCUCUGUCAACCGCUGGCCUGCUGGCAGAGUGUGUGGAGAGGGACGGUCACUCAGUCCUGGUUCAUGGCUCUGAAGGGACAGAUUCCACGUUGCUCAUCAGCACUCUGGCCCAGCUCAUCAUGGACCCGCGCUGCCGCACCGUGGAGGGCUUCCUGGCUCUGCUGGAGAGGGAGUGGGUGCAGGCGGGACACCCGUUCCAGCAGCGGUGUGCCCAUUCGGCCUACUCCCACACUCGUCUCCAGCAGGAGUCGCCGGUCUUCCUGCUGCUGCUGGACUGUGUGUGGCAGCUGUGGCGUCAGUUCCCUCUGGCUCUGGGAUUCUCUGAGACGCUGCUCCUGAGGCUGGCGACCGAGGCCUACGCCUCUGACUACGGCACCUUCCUUUGCAACAGCGAUCAGGAGAGGUGUUUACUAGAAGUGAAGAAGAAGACUCACUGUUUGUUCCAGGCCCUGCUGAGACCUAAGGAGAGAGAGAUUUACUCCAACCCUCUGUAUGAGCACACUGAGCUGGCAAUCUGGCCCUCGGUCCACCCUCAGUCCCUGCAGCUGUGGAAAGGCUUUUUUCUGAGGUGGACCAAACAGACUCGGCACCUGGAGGAAGCUCAGGAGGAAAUUAGAAACAUGGUGAUUGAGUGGGGGAGGCUGGUGCUCAGCUGAUAGAAACAACCCUCCCUUCCAAUAUGAAAGAAUAUGUGUGCAUGGAUGGUCAUUGUCAACGUGUUGAGCAUGUUGAACGAGGACAUAUGUGUACAUGUCAGGAAUCUUGACGACCAGCCGGUGAUUUUAUGUAAACUAUUUUUCAUUCUUUCAUAAAACUUGAUUUAAGAAAGCAAAAA